AUGAGUACAGCGUGUAAAGUUUCUCUAGCUCUAUUGUGUUUAUUUGCUGUUGCGUCAUUCUUGGUCUUAACAGUUGUGGCGGGCAACAAAACCAAACAAACCUCGAGCAAUAUGGUGAGUCAAUUAACUUUCUGCGCGGGACCAUGCCUGAUAUAACUGGAACAAAUGAUAGCGAAAAAACUUCAUGAACAGAACUUUAGGCAAUCCAAUAACUGCUAAAGAGUACUUUUCUGUGAGUAUUUAUCUAGUCUCGGUCGACGUGAAGGAAUGUCCAAACAAUGGAUCGCAUCUUUCAAAAUUCGUGAAAAUCGUGAUAAGGUUGCAAAGCUCAGAGAUAAAUGUGUAACUGUUUCAAUUUCAAUCCCUAUAAUUUAGAAAAAACUGUGAGCAACAAUUCAUAAUAAAUGACUACAAUUAAUGCUAAACCCGGAUAUGGGAUAGAUUCCUUUAAAAAAUAGAAUGGUUUCCAUGACUUUAACAAAGUCUCGCUCUUUAUCAGUACAAAUAAUUUAGAAAGAGGUUUUAGGGAACUUCUUAAAUUCAUUAACAUCAACUAACUUUGUGUCUCGAUUAAAUUGUAUGUCUUGACCGUAUAUCUAACGAUGCGUUAAUGUAAAUUUUCUCCACUACACUACACAACGAGCCAAAUAGAGUUGGGAAACGGGAAACGAAGGGAAAAAAUAUUUUAAGGAUAUUUGCAGACAUUAUGAAAUAUUCGUGAGAACUUUUUCAGGGGUUUAUUUUCCGAAAGGCUGGUGGGGGAAAGGAAGGUGGUUAAAUUGCUUAAAGUGUGUCAUAAAGGCACAGUACUUUUAUUUCUUUUUCUUUUUUUUUUUCCCUAGAGGUGGCUAAGCAUCGCCGAUGAGACUAUAUCAGUGAGGGAGUUAUUUUGCUCAACGCACAAUAACACUUUUUAAAGUAACUUUUUGUUUCGCUCUCUAGCAAUCUCCCCCAUUCUGCGGGUUUGGUAGUAUUCCAGGCAUGCACGGGUUACCAGGCCGUGACGGGCGUGAUGGCCGAGAAGGAGCGAAAGGUGACCCGGGAAGCCCGGGAAAGACUGGGCCUCGGGGACCCGGUGGAAUAAAUGGAAAAGAUGGUGAUAAAGGAGAGUCUGGUGUACAGGGCCCACCUGGUCCUAAAGGAGAGCGUGGACAAAGUGGACACCCUGGGAACCCAGGUCUGAUGCCUUUUAAGAACUGGAAAGAGUGCGCAUGGAAUAAAUUAAACGAUGGCAAAGACAACGGUUUAAUAAAGGUAAAUUUUCACGAGUUAAAUCCUUUAUUUGGUAUAAAAUGCUAUCUUCAAUUGUACUUUUAUCUUACCUCCUAUUAUAACCAAAUGAUGUGACUAUUCUACGUUUAUCUCCCCCAUAUUUAGGACUGUGUCUUCACCAAGAACUUUUCUGACACAGCUCUUCACGUUGCCUGGACUGGUGCCCUUAGAAUCCACGGGUGUGCAUCCUGCUGCAAACGCUGGUAUUUCACUUUCAACGGCGCAGAAUGCUCAGCUCCUCUACCCAUUGACGGUGUGCUGUACAUGUGGCAAGGCAAAACUCAAGAUCUUCACCGCGUUCGCCAUAUUGAGGGGCAUUGUAACAACAUUCACAAAGGAAAGGUGCGCGUGGGAUUCUGGGUUGGUAACUGUCCAAGUGGAUCGAGAAGCGCUGCUGACGCCUAUACAGGCUGGCAGUCUGUGUCCCGGAUCUUCAUUGAAGAAGUUCCUAAGGCUCAGGCCUAA